AAGAAGGAGAAGAAGGAGAGACGGCUUGAGCUGGCGGUCGCGCCGCAAGGCCAGUAGUCCUCGUUGUGGCAGCGGCGGCAGCGGCCUGGGAUGGCAGAAGCGUUGAAUCAUUUUAAAAAAGACUACAGAGCAAGAUUCUGCCAUGGAGGAGGGAAACAGAUCGAUGUACGGCCGGGUCAGAACAUACUGAAAAUCAUACAAGAUUGCUUUGAAAAUUGUGGUAGUGAUUUUACAAUAAACUCUCCGAGUACAACACGUUGCUCAACUCCUGUUGUUAGAAACAGAAAGGAGACUUCAAUACAAAGUGAAAAGCCAAAUGCAGGUUUAAGUAACUCUGUGAAAAACGCCUGUAAUUUUGUAGACUCCUUAACUGCCUCACCACUACAACCCGUCAUCAACACCAGCAAAGGAUGGUCACUUGAAUCACACCUGGAGCCUGCAAUACAUGAUCACAUAUCUGAUGCUAACAAAAUAGAGAGUCCUGUGUCUAAAGGAGAAAGGUCAAAUAAAAAUAUCACCACAGACAUCAACGAUCUUGUUGGAUCUCCUGGCAAAACAAGUAACAUAUUAAAAGAUGUUGAAGCACUAUGCAGAAGUCCUACCAGCUUCUCAGUCUCUGAGGGUGAUCAUGAGGCUGUGGGAUCACCUCUUCUUGUGGAGGAAGCUAUAAGUUCUCCUGUCCAUAUAUUACAUUUUGAUGAGCAAAGUACUCCAGCUGCAGUUAAGAGCCAUGAGGAAAGUGAAAAUUUGAGAGGACCUCAAACUGGAAAAGAUGAGCAGCUUGUCCUGGUACGAGGAACAGACCAUAUUGUUAUAUCCUCUGUACAGAAAAGGAAGUCUUCUUUCUCUUCAGCAUUCUUAGCAGCUGUAAGGACAGGAACGCUUGGAAAAAGGUAUUCAGCCUCAAUGUUACCACCAUCACCUCCUCCUGUAAAAGAUCAAGAUUUAGAAAUACAAAAUGAAUGUGAAUUUUUAAUUGAUGAAUCAGAUGGUGUGUCUUUUAAUUCUUGGUUUUCAAUACCUCAGAGGAACAAAAAAUCAAAAAAAGAUGGCUCUGCAAUUACUGCUUUGAAAUCCCAGUCCUCGGAAAGACAGAAGACAGAAAGUAAGAAAAGCAAGAAUAGGAAGGUACAAGUUGAAGCACCUGAUAAACAGCAAAUGCAUGAUUUGGAUGUCAGAGUGCAACCUGACUUCAAAAUUACCUCAGAGUCAGAGAUGGUAUCUUCUGACAGGGACGGAAAUGUCCUUAAACAUCAAAGGCAAAGCAGCAGUCAUAUGGAAAAGACUAAAAAGGAAGCACUUAGACAAGACUCCCCAAAACAGAGAAAAGGCACAUCUUGGAAACCAGAAGACGAAGAAUUGUUGUUAUCCCUGUCUGAAUUAGGCACAAAAGCAUCUAAUGCAGAACGAUGUAAAAAAAGAGUGAUGACAAGUGAGGAUUCAUCUGUGCCUUCAGCUGGAGAUCAACAGGAACAGUCUCUUUGGCCAAAAAAGAAUCUUAAGUCUUCAAACUACAUGCAGUCCACUUUAAGAACUUCUCAGCAUUUAGUUCACAAGAAACAAAAUGUUAAGCAGAAACUUUCAAAAGAUACAGUAUCUAAGAAACUGGCAGAAAGCGCUAGAAAGAAAAUGAAAGCAUUUAGCAGGAAAGGUAGUGAUAGAAAGCCUCUGUUACCAACAAUGGAGAGUUCAGAAAGUGAACCUGGUGAAGAAGGGCUUGAAAGAGAUUCUGCAAAGUUAAAUGGAGUGUUCCCAUCACCGUUGCAUUUGAAAUUACAGACUUCUAAGAUUCGGAACUUGGCUAACUCUGAAAAACGUAAUGUUUUGCCUUCAUUGGAAUCACUUGGUGGUACAAAUAACAAAACUCCUGUAAAAGCCAAAGAGCUGCAGCAGAAUCUCACAAAAACUGUGCAGAAUUCUGAGAAGAGAUCAUCCAAGUCUCCAAGGAAGAUACCUGAAGAGAUUCAUCGCAGAGCCCGUAGAAGUAUGUGCUCAGACUCUGAAGACACUGAACCUCAAAAUACAACAGAUUUUGAGAGCUCUUCUGUGCAGGACAUGGUAGAAAAGAAAGCCAAGCUGUCAAAUGUUAAAAUAAAAAGAAACAAAAGAAAACACAACAUGCAACACAGAUCACAUGCACACAGUAGUAAUAAUUGUCUCUUUUCUAGAGAUUUCUCUGCAUCUGAGAAAGCUAUGAGUUGUAGAAGUGGGCCUUUACUAGAACAUGAUGUUAAAUUUACUUCCAAAAGGAAGUCUGUUGCCUGUAAACAGGAUAAUUCAUCUUCAGAUAACUCUGAAGAUUUGAAUUUUCAAAUAAAUGAUCUGUUGUCAAACAAGAUAGCAAGACAUAAAAUAGUAAUGCCCUCUAACACACCUAACGUUCGUCGGACAAAAAGAAUACGGCUGAGACCUUUGGAAUAUUGGCGAGGGGAGCGUGUGAACUAUACAAUGAGGCCUUCAGGACUUGUGAUCAGUGGAAUAGUGUGUCCUGAAACAGAACCUCGCAGGAAGAUUAAACGGAAGAAGCACGGUCAUAAGCAGAAAGGAGAUCAGCCAAGGAGUGAGAUAGCUGUAAAUUUGGAUCAGACUCUAGCUGAUACUUCUAAGCCAACCGUUGUACUGGACUCAAUAACAAAUAAGGAAGUUCUUCUAGAGUGUAUUAACACUGGAAACAGACAUUCCUGCUUCUUUAAAGAUCAAUCAGUAGAAAUAUAUAAAAAUCUGAAUACCUUUGAUUUUGCAAUGGGUAAAUUGAUCUUGAAACCACUUAAAGAAAAGGGACACCAGUUUGUUCACAUGGAUACAAUAGCUUUCUACGUUAUCCAAGGCAAAAUUAUUCUUACCUUGCAUAAGACUUCGUAUUAUCUGACUACAGGGAACUUUUUCUAUGUUCCAGCAGGAAAUGGAUAUAACAUACAAAAUAUUCUGAAUGAAGAAAGCAUUCUUCUCUUCACACAACUGAAAGGAGAUAGACCAAAAGCAGGAGAGGAGAUGUUGGAGACCUCUUCCCCAUAACUUCACCUGCAAACUGAAAAUCAUCUAAUGUGAGGGAGUUCUAAAAGACUGCUUGUAACUACUAUCCAAGUGGACACAUACUCAGUACUGGGAGUACACUGUUUCACUGAUCUUUUAAGAUCUUCCUCCAGUGUAAAUUGUAAAUAAGUAGUUUGUUACAAGUUAUUUUUUGUUUUGUAUCAAUAAAUAUUAAACAAUGAAAAUCAA